AAGGGAGUUGGAAUUUACAUUAGAAAUUCAGGUAUUGUCUACUUUGAAGACUGUGUGGAUGACUGAAGAACUAGUAGGGAAAUUAUAUUACAGGCACCAAGGAAGUGGAACCUGUGUGAAGAGAGGGAUUUUUAUUCAGACUUUUUAUACUCUUGGUGCUUUGUUUAUUUGUUAAUGCCUAGCUAACUGAAUUGCUUGAUAGUUUUGGAGGAAAGAAUCAGUAACAAUCCUGUUUCUUCAGUUAAGCGUUGUCAUAGUUACCACUGGAGUUCUUGACUCCUCCAAGGAGUCUUCAGCAAAAACAGGAAAUGUAAGACUUAUAAAUUCAUACAUAUUAAGGCCAGAAGGGACCAUUAUGAUCACCUAGUCUGACCUCCUGUGUUACACAGGCCAGAGUAUUUCACCCUGUAUAUUCCUCAUUAAGUCCAAUAACUAACUAGAGCAUAUUUCUUUACAAAUACAUGUGACUGGACAUAGUAUUCCAUUAAUGGUCUCACCAGUGUCAAAUACAGAGGUAAUAACAUCUCCCUUUUUCUACCUCAUAUUCUGCUGCUUAUACAUUCAAGGGUUGAAUUUGCUCUUUUGGCAGCGGCAUUGCCAUGAGCACACAUGUUCAUCCAGUUUUCAUUGUUACCCCAAAGUCCUUUUCACAGUCACUGCAUUCAAAGAUAUAGUUCCCCAUUCUGUAAGUAUGGCCUGCAUUCUUUGUUCCUAAAUAUAUGAUCUGCAUUUGGCUGUAUUAAAAUACUUUGAUCACCCCAAAGUUGCCACGCAGUCCAGAUUGCUCUGCUGGGGUGACAGGUCUUCAUCCUUAUUUACAACCCAACAUUUUUUGUGUCAUCUGCAACAUUUAUCAGGCCACUGGAUUUUAUAUUGUCUUUCAGAUGGUUGAUAAAGAUAUUCAAUAUCAUUGUAAUGAAAGCUGAUCGUUGUGUGUCCCCAGUAGAAGCCCCCCAGCUUGAUGAUGGGUCUCUGUUAGCAAUGACAUUUUGAGAUCUCAGACAGUUUCUAAUCCAUUUAAUAUGUGCUAUAUUGAUUUCUGAAUGAUACUAUUUUAAUCAGCAUAUCAUGAGAUACAAAGUCUUGCAGAAGUCAAAGCAUAUUGUAUCAACAUUUAAAAAAUCAAACUUAUUUGACAGGACCUAUUUUCCGUAAAAAAAAAAAAAAAAAAAAAUCUUGUCAGGCAUUAAUUCUACCAUCCUUUUAUUCUUUAUUGAUUGAGCCUUGUAUCAGCCAGGAUCAGUGACAGUCUGGCCUAUAAUUACCCUUAUGGUCCCAUUUACUCUUUUUAAAUAUUGGCACAACUUUUCCUUCUUUUCAGUCCUCUGGAACUUCCCAAGUAUUACAAGAUUUAUUAAAUAUUAAUAUCAGUGCUCCAGAUAUGUCCUCGGCCUACUCUUUUAAAACAGGUGCCAAUUAUCCUGAUUUGCCAGUCUAAAAAUAUUUAUCUUUUGGUGAGUCUGUUUAAUGUCCUUCUUAGUUACUGUUGGCACAGAAAGGAUUUCACUAUCAUGUGAUACCAAUAUAUCAUCCAGCUUCUUGCAAAUUAAGAACAGAAAUGUUGAUUGAACACUCUUGUCUUGUUUGCAUCAUUAAUGAUGUAAUCACCAUCUACAUGCAUCAUGGACCCAUAUAUUGUUAGGAUUUCUUUUGUUCCUAAUAUUUAAAAAAAAAUUACUUCUGAUUGGUCUUAACAUUAUUGGCCAUAGAUGGUGUGAAGUAAAUAUUACAUUAAAUGUUCAGGAUGGAAAGAAAUAUAGUUUCCUCAUUUUCUGAGCACCAUCCAGCCUGUGCAUUGAGUAAGGCUGUCCCAUGGGGGCAAAGGAGUAUGUGAUUAUGUAAAUAAAGAAUGUAUAAUGCAUAUGCACAAUAGGGGUGCAUUGAGAUUGCAGUUACUUACAUUCUGCCAUUUCCUAACUUUUGAGUUGAUUUAUUAACCUAAAUAACCUUCAUUUAACAUAGUUAUUUUUUGUACAUAGAAAUGUAAAUAGAUUGGCCAGGGAUUCAGUUAUAUAGAUAGGGUAUUGAAUGCCAUACAGUCUCUGGGGUAAAUGGUGUAAUGACACAGCUAAUGCCUGGAGAAGCAACUGCUGCAGAGAAAUGUGACCUGCAUGAGAUCUCCUAGAAAUAAUAUAUACUUUGUCUAUGGGGAGGGGAAGGAAGAAGCCUGGUCCAAGGCCUGUCGGAAAUGUGCUGCAAGUUUAUUUUGGAAAAUAGAGGCUUCUCACAAGGAGAGACUGGUGUAACACUGGAAACUAGGCCACUCUGCUAUGGAAGGGACUAUCUUUUGCUGGAAUGUCAGUGGUGCCUCACACACUUAAGCUUUCCUCAUGCCCACAUGGGUCUGUGCUCUACUAGCCUCCUAAAUACCCUUGUUUUGGGGAUCUGUGCUGUCACCUCAACUCAGUUUUUGCCUUCCUUUAGGUUGGAAGUCAUGACCCUCACUCCCUUUCUCUGUUCCCUAAACCAUGCAUGUAAUAUCCUUCCAAAUGAUAAUUGAUAUCAGUUCAGUUGAUUAAAAUCCCAGGAUGUUGAGCCGGCUGAUAUUUGUUGUCAGUUUUAGUCUUAACUCCUGUUUGUUUUUCACAUUUAAUAUGUAAUUUUGUCAUUUCAGGUUUGUGCUGUGUGUUUGAAUGUUGAAAAGAGCCUGGAAUGGCUUCAGUAAAAAACCCCGUGUGUAGAUUUUGAAGCUGUGAAUUUUUCAGUUCUCCUCUUCCCCCUUAAUCUUCCCCUGUUCUUCGCAGCAGGAUAAAUGUUUUAUUUCAGAACUACUAAGAUGUCUGGUCUGAAGUUACAUCACAUGUGGCAGCCAGAUGGACGGGAAUGUACUGGGAGUUCUUUCUUACAGGAAACUAACAUCCCCAGCAGUCACUAAGGAUAUUGAAACUGUGACACAAAGAGUGGAACAGUGAUUUUCUGAAGCUCGCACACCAAGUCAGUGGCAGAACCAGAAAAAGUACCCAGGUCUCCUGAUUCCCAACCCUGUGCGCUGUUCACUGGAAUACUGCCACUCAUCUCACUGAUGUGUAAUGUUCAAAAGUUAUUUGGGAUCAUACUAAGGCAGUUUUAACAGAAGUUCUGAUGCAAGCAUGUCUACAGCAGAUGUGCUACCACAGUGCUUGCUAUAAUCCAGUACGUUUAGACUAAUUUUCCAGAAUGAUGCCAAGAAAAAGAAAGCGGUUAACUCCAUUAAAUGCUGUCCAAAGUAAACCUGGCUUCUCUCCAGCUGACACCUCUGGGAGCCUGACAGUUCUUCUUGAUGGGAAUUCCUCUCCAGUAAGCAGCAAAUAUUUCAGUGAAGAGAAGAGGACAUCUUCCCGGCUAGGGACAGACUUUUUCAACCAACCCUGCAUCAACCUGGCUAAAUCAUUUCUAGGACAGAUUUUAGUUCAUAAACUUCCUGAUGGCAGAGAACUCCGGGGAAGGAUUGUGGAAACGGAGGCAUAUCUGGGUGGGGAAGAUGCAGCUUCCCAUUCAAAGGGAGGGAAGCAAACUGCAAGAAAUGCAGCAAUGUUCAUGAAACCGGGAACCCUGUAUGUGUACCAGAUCUAUGGGAUUUAUUUCUGCAUGAAUGUUUCCAGCCAGGGGGAAGGGGCUGCAGUCCUGCUCCGGUCCUUGGAACCUCUGCAGGGCCUGGACACCAUGAGGCAGCUGCGAAGUGCUCGGAGGAAAGGAUCAGCCAAACCCCUGAAGGACUGGCAGCUGUGCAAUGGGCCCUCCAAGCUCUGUCAAGCGCUUGCUAUUAACAAGAGCUUUGACCAAAAGGACCUGGCUCAUGACGCAACAAUGUGGAUGGAGCCUGGCUCAGAAGCACCGGGAGAGCAGGCUCUGGUGACUGCAGCCAGAAUUGGUGUCAGCUAUGGUGGAGAGUGGGCACAGAAACCGCUGAGGUUUUAUAUACGAGGGAACAAAUGUGUGAGUGUUGUGGACAAGAAGAUGGAGAGAGAGCAAGCUGCUGCAGAAUAGAAGUGUGAGGGUAGCCUGGCCAGGAAUGGGCUCUUGGUAAGGCCUGUGCUUUCAUUAACUAUCAGCCCCAGGCUCUGGCCUGGAACCGGGCUGGGGUGGUGGUGCUGGUUUGGAAGCUGUUUUAAUAAUAAAUGUGCUUUGUUAUAAUGAAA